GGAUUCUCUAAGAAAAAAAAACAAACAGAGAGAGAGAGAUGGCAAAGCUAUUUGUGAAGCAGGCAAAGCAAUAUGCAGAAGGAAGGCCAAGUUAUCCGUCACAGCUCUUUCAAUUCAUCGCUUCAAAGACACCGUCACACCACCUUGCUUGGGACGUCGGCACCGGAACCGGCCAAGCUGCAAUAUCUUUAGCUGCAAUAUACAAGAAUGUCAUAGCCACAGAUGCAAGUGAUAAGCAACUUGAAUUUGCAGCCAAGCUCCCUAAUGUGCGUUACCAACAUACCUCUUCAACCAUGACCAUGGCCGAGCUUGAACAAAAGGUGUCACCUCAGGGGACCGUAGAUGUUGUGACAAUUGCCCAAGCCAUCCACUGGUUUGACCUCCCAACCUUCUAUGAACAAGUCAAGUGGGUUCUCAAGAAGCCUCAAGGAGUCAUCGCUGCUUGGUGUUACAAUUUGCCAAGAAUUAGUGAUGAAGUAGACGCUAUCCUUGAUCGACUUUAUCUUGAUUCAGGGCCUUAUUGGGAUCCAGCACGCAGAUGGGUUGAUGACAAUUAUAAAAACAUUGAUUUUCCAUUUGAGCCUGUGGAUGGAGCUGAUCACACAGGACCCUUUGAGUUUGUGAUAGAGAGAGAGAUUGAUUUGGAUGGUUUCUUGACUUACUUAACAUCAUGGUCAGCAUAUCAGACAGCAAAGGAGAAAGGAGUGGAAAUUCUUCGGGAAGAUGUAAUUGAAAAACUCAAGCUUGCUUGGGGUGAAGAUGCCAAAAAAAUUGCUAAGUACCCAGUUUAUCUGAGAAUUGGAAGAGUAUCGGGGGAUGUCUGAAAAUAUGCAAAUGGUUAAUUCCAUGGUCUGUCCUAGAGGGAGGUAGGACAAGUAACAUCUUUUAUCCAUUGAUUAAAUAAUUUAGCUUCAUUUAUACUAUUUGAGUCAUUUGGUUAACUGUUAAGGAUGGAUGAAGUAAUAAGCAUAAAUUCCAAAGAGGGAAAACCUGUCCUAAUGUAUCUGAAAAGAGUUGAGCUCUUCUUCUUUUGUUUUGUUUAUGUUGGUAAUUUUGUAUUAACAAAUUCCAAUAGCAUGGUGGUAAAAGUGAUAAUGGAGUUUUCGGGU